UUCCUGUUUACUUGCGCCUGCGUAGUCAAUGGAGCCAAAAUGGCAGCCUCCAUGAUCCGACGUGUGGCUUCACAAUUUUUCAGAAUUUCGCAGAAUUCUUAUACCCCAGCUAGAAGUGUAAGAAAAUGGUCGAAAGCUGACAAGAAGGAGUAUGUGCUUGAUAAAGAGCUGGUGGACAAGUAUAGAAAGACGCCACUCUCAUCAACACAAGAACAAAGUGAACCAGAGGAAUCUGUGAAGAUAUCGGUCCCAAACGAUUACAGAUAUGUCUAUCCAGAAUUCCUCCCUAAUCCAGACUAUAAAAUACGAGACCGCUUAUGUGAGAAAUUAGAGAGAAGAGAUAUGAUGCGGAGGAGAGGAGUUAUAGAUAUCCCAGAAUUUUAUGUUGGUAGUAUUUUGGCAGUAACUGUGUCUGAUCCCUAUGCACCUGGCCAGACUAAUCGGUUUGUUGGACUCUGUAUUCAGCGGAAUGGAUAUGGACUACGGGCAAGCUUUAUACUCAGGAAUGUUGUUGAUGGAGAAGGUGUUGAGAUUCUGUAUGAAUUGUACAAUCCAACAAUCCAGAAGGUUGACGUGCUGAAACUUGAGAAGCAUGUGGAUGAUGAGCUGUUUUACCUGCGCGAUGCCCCACAGGAGCAUAGCUAUAUGCCCUUUGAUAUGGACCCAGUGCCUUUUCAGAAAGGAGCACCAGUUCCUGUCAGCACAAAAAAGGUUUUACUGAAUCCAAGACCCUGGCUAGAACGUUGGGAACGGGCAUUUCAUCUAAAGGGAAUUGAACUUCCUGAAAUCAAAGACACUCUUUUAAAACGAGCAGAGAACUUCCGAAAACCAAACGAGCGUUAUGAUCUUAUGAAACAAUACAGGGAAGGUGUCAAUGAGACAGAACAAGAAAUGAUUUACAAGGAGGUGCACCUUGAACAGUUAGCUAUUGACAAUAAGAAGAAAGAGGCACAGAAAGCUGCUUUACAAAAAGCAAAGGCGCAGUCGAAAGUGCGACGAAAAAAGCGAGCUCCAGCAUCAGGAAUGCCGUAUGGUUUAGAAAACACUUCAACAAAACGAAAGUGAUAUCAUUUUGUGUGUGAUGAGGACAUUGAGGAAAAAUAGGCGUAGAUUGUGGCAGCGGAACAGUAGAUUUAGCUGCCUCCUUUAGGGCUGAAAGACUGCAGGUGUUGCAGUUCUUAACGGACUUUCUUGAGAGAUCUUUGCUUAUGCUGCCACAGAGGUUAAGUAAAGUUGAGAAGGGGCUAAAUGAGAUUUAACAUGUUUGCAAUGUUAUAUAGUGUAAAGGAGGAUUGUCCAAAUAUGAACAUUUAAUGCUUUCCAUAUCAUGUUUAUAUGAAAACAAGCUCCCAUCUGCACAACAUUUCAGUGGAUAUAGGA